UAGUCCUCAGGUUGCUACUGUAGACUCAAUUGCGGGAACAGCAAUGGGAUCUAAACCAAGUGUGACAGGGGAACUAAUUCAAGCUCUUACUUUUGACAAAGUGGUGGCCUUGGGAGACGUGCCUGAUGGGACGCUGGUAACAGUGAUGGCUGGAAACGAUGAAAACUACUCUGCAGAACUCAGAAACGCCACAGCCGCCAUGAAAAACCAAGUAGCAAGGUUCAACGACCUCCGAUUUGUGGGUAGAAGUGGAAGAGGGAAAAGCUUCACGCUGACUAUCACAGUCUUCACAAAUCCACCACAAGUAGCCACGUACCACAGAGCCAUCAAGAUAACAGUGGACGGACCUCGUGAGCCCAGAAGACAUCGUCAGAAAAUAGAUGAGCAGACAAAGCCUGGGAGCUUGUCCUUUUCAGAGCGCCUGAGUGAACUGGAGCAGUUGCGUCGUACAGCCAUGAGGGUCAGCCCACACCACCCAGCCCCCACACCCAACCCACGAGCCUCCUUGAACCACACCACUGCUUUUAACCCUCAGCCUCAGAGUCAGAUUCAGGACACAAGGCAAGUGCAGCCAUCUCCUCCAUGGUCCUAUGACCAGUCCUACCAGUACCUGGGCUCCAUUGCCACCCCCUCCGUGCACCCCGCCACGCCAAUGUCACCCGGCAGGGCUAGCGGCAUGACAUCCCUCACCGCAGAGCUCUCAAGCCGGCUGUCAAGUGCUUCUGACUUGACUGCAUUCAGUGACCCCCGGGUGGGAAUCGACCGCUCCUUCUCUGCGCUCUCCUCCAUCUCCGACCCUCGGAUGCACUACCCGGGAGCAUUCACCUACACGCCGACACCCGUCAGUUCAGGGAUAGGGAUCGGUAUGUCUGCCAUGUCCACGGCCACAAGAUAUCACACUUACCUCCCGCCUCCCUACCCCGGCUCGUCGCAGGCCCAAGGCAGCCCGUUCCAGACCAGCUCGCCCUCCUACCACCUCUACUAUGGAACCUCCGCCGGCUCCUAUCAGUUCUCCAUGAUCUCAGGGGGAGACCGGUCCCCCCCACGCAUCCACCCCCCCUGCACCAACGCCUCCACAGGAUCGACGCUUCUCAACCCCAACCUCCCCAACCAAAGUGAUGUGGUCGAGGCCGAAGGGAGCCACAGCAACUCCCCCACUAACAUGGCGACCACAGCCAGGCUAGAAGAAGCGGUGUGGCGACCAUACUGA